AUGCCCACGUUGAAUCUUUCUAUAUUCAAAUAUCCACUCGGGAUUAUACGUGUUGUUGAAUUUGUUUUCAUCGUCAUAGCUAUAGCAGCUGUGAACAGUUGGGAUAUAACGCUCAACUAUAAUUGCCCAAAUAACAGUACACAUAAAGCUGAGGUGUCUACAUUUAGCUUAGCUGGAGCUUCUAUAGAAGAUUGUAUGAAUUCGACUUCAAAACUAUGGACAUCUGACGAUGGUGCUGGAGGGAGUGCAGGAUUUUUCUACUUCGUUAAUGUUGCCGCCCUGGUUUACGUGCUCAUCAUUGCCUUCGCCUAUGUGGUAUUUUGGCCUCUUUAUCAAGGGGAAAAGAGAUUGGCCCUUGGAGAUCUUGCUUUGACCGCUCUUUUCUUCAUUCUCUUUUUCUUCUGCUCAGCAACAUGGUGGGCUGGAUCAAAUACUCUAGGUUAUUCUACAGGUGAGGAGCGUAUCAUGGAACUAAUGAAAGGGAAUAGUCGUUUUUGGAAAGACGCUCCCGAUUCAACCUUGGAAUUGUCAAGAAAUGUGAACAACGGAAAACUGGUGAUAUCAGUUCUCUGCGAUUGGGUUUGCGUUCUUACUUUUGCCAUGAAUUGUUGGCAGGUAGGUUUCAUUUCAUCAACGUUCCUUUUCGGAUCUGCCGGCGAAAUGUUGAUUAUCCUUCUGAAGCUGGUUAUGUCGAUAUUUGUAUGCACAAUUAUGGCAGGAAAACGAGGCGGCGGAAGGCCACGCCCUAGACCUCCAAGACGGAGAACUGGAACAAAGCCGAGGUCUCGCAAGAGACCAAAACAAAAGAAACCUUCAAGAUCAAAAAAUAAGAAAAAGAAGACAGGCCAUAAAACAAAAGGGAGCAAAAAAGGAAAGAAGAAAGCUGUAGAAAAAAAGAAAAAAUCGAAAAAACGUCCGAAAGGACUUCCAGAAACUGGUGGUUCCGAUUUUACACGUAGCAACAGACAGGAAGCGGAACCGAAGGAUGAGGCAUCUGAAGCGGAUGCUGAACGUGUCGACGAUGAACAAAGUCCAGAUGAAGCAGAUGGCGUGGUGGCAAACGAAAUCAACGAAAUGCGUGAGUACGGGAAACAAACUGGAUUUCCCGCAGGUGAAAUAAACAAUAGAGUCACUGUCGAUAAAUUGAAGGACAAGAACGGACAACCAUACUUCACCUCAGGACGUUUUGGAGCUACAUUCCUCUUGCCUGGUUUGAAUAUGGAGACCUUAAAAGAGAAUGAAGAGGCACCCAGCCAAAGUGGUUAA